CAAUAAAUUGAUAAUCGUAAUGUCAUAAAGCAAAGUGCGAAUAAAUAGAUAAUACGCAACCAAAUUACUGUAUUGGAAUAAUGAUACGAGCUCGGAGCAAUUAUUACAAUCUAACGAGAUUUUGCUAUUUAGUAUUUUUCCAAGUGCAACACUGCCAUCCUCAAAAACUUCACGACAGUCGCAAUUCGCAUUUGACACUUGACCGCUCACCGUUCACAAUUAUUCACUCAAGAUUUACGAACAAAAAUAAUUGAAAAUGGCUGCGAGCCGUCGGAAACAAGACGACAAAAAUUUAGAAAUUCUACGUGAACUUAUAUCACAGAGUGGAAACAAAUAUUGCUUAGAUUGUAAUCAGAGAGGUCCUACCUAUGUAAACACGACAAUUGGUUCAUUUGUUUGUUCAAAAUGUUCGGGAAUGUUGCGUGGUCUUACUCCACCACAUCGGGUGAAGUCAAUAUCCAUGGCCACAUUUACACCGGAGGAGAUAGAAUUUAUAAGAGUAAGAGGAAAUGAUUACUGUAGGCGAGUAUGGCUAGGCCUGUACGAGGGUGAAAGUGUAAACUACACUGACGAACAACGCGUUAGAGAUUUCAUGUCAGAUAAAUACGAAAAGAAGCAAUAUUAUCUAGAAUCGCCGCCAAACAAUGCACCGAUUACAAACGGAUCUUCGUCACAGAAAACUAAAAAUAAACAGAAAUCGGCCAGUGCAACCGUUACAGCGCCUCUAAUCGCUAUAUCGCCGCAAAUUUCUAAAAGUUCGGGUUUUAGCAACGUGCCUAGCGCGGCGAAAGUUUUGCCUAUGUCGUCGGGGCAAGAUAUAAACCAUAAAAUAGCUAGACCCGUAAAUAAUCACGCACCACCUUUAUUUAAUAAUAAUAUUGCGGCACCGCCAGCUGCACCUGUUCAACCACCUGUACCUGAUUUUCCUGUUGAUUUCUCCACUGCGAAUAUAUACAACAGUGCACAAAAUAAUAACUUCAGCAGCAAUAUAAACAACAAUUUUGCUAGUCAACCUACAUCAACUACUACACCUUCGUUUAAUGCUUUUAAUUCUACAAGUAAUAAUUCUGCAAAUGAUCGCUAUGCUGCCCUAGCAGACCUUGAUCUAGUUUUUAGACAGCAAAACAUGAAGAAUAAGGAGGAUAAUGUUAUAAGCAGGAAUCCCUUCCAAAGCACAAAUAAUGAUGUUUUUGCGAAUAAGAAUCCUUUUUUCAACGGAGGUUGGAGUGCUCCACCUGCAGCAGUUCCUGUUAAUCCAUUUAUGCCGUCCAAUAAUGGAAGUUUUGUGAACCCAAAGAAUCCGUUCCUUUGAUGGUCUGAGAGCAAGAUCUGGGAUCAAGAACAAACAAAUUUACGUAACUAAAGCACAAAAAAGCUACAAAUGUAAUGUUGUCUUAUUCUGUUAUAAUAUAACCAUUAUUUAUUUUUAAGUAUUUACAUUUUGCCAUAGUGCUUAUUUUAAUGGUUGUAACUUAAAGUGCCUCAAUCUGCCUUAAAACUUCAAAUCAUAUACAUUUAUAUUCUUGUAUGGGCUGUUAUAAUAUUUAAUAGAAAAAGCUAUAGUAUUUGGAACAUGUAUAGAUUAAAAUAUUAAAUAGUAUGGACUGUUAAGAUAUCAAUUGAGAUGUUGGUCUGAGCUUUAUUAAUUGUAAUUUUAUUUAGUAUUUAGAAAUUUGAGUCGGGCUUAGUCAUUAUUUUAUUGGCAUGACAAUUAAUAAACAGUUGUAUCAUAAUCUGCUAUCAAAAACAUAAGGAAGGUUUGAACGUGGUAUAUGUAUAUAACUAAACAAUGAAGUGAGUCAGUGGCCUUAAUUGUAAUGUGAUGUCAUCAAACCAUUUGCUGCCCAUGUUUGCGUAAAGCCUUCUAUUUGUGUAUCGCGAUAAGUUCUAUAAUUAAACAGUUGAAAUUUUAUAGUACAUAGAUUAAACUGAAAAUUGAAAUUAAUACAACUCAAUAAUUUAAAAAUACAAAAUACUCAACUCACAAAAUUUCAGCAAUGAAAAAGGCAAUGUGCGAAAGGUUUUGCAAGUGAUUUAAUGUACAAAUUUUAAUAUGAACAAUGAACAUGACAGAGAUUUCGAAAUUAGCACAAUUUAGAUUAGCUUAUUAUAUAAUUAUUUAAGAAAGUUAUAUAAAAAUAAAAUGAGGAAGUUGAGAGGCUAACGAUAUUUUUUUAAAUAUGUUUUCCUGUUUUUGAAUUGUUAUUUAAUUCAGCUAUGUAUUAUAAUAUAGCUUCCGACCGAUAUUGAAGAUUAUUAUUAGUAUUGUAUAAUUUUCUUAUAAUGCAAUGAACUCACCUCUCAAAUUCUAUGUCUAUCUGUGAUUGUAACCAGUAAUUAAUUUUUCUGCAACAUUAAUCAAUUUUUGAAGUUUUAUUCAUGCACUUGACUAUUUAUUUAGUUGUAAUUAUUUUUUACUCUUUGAGCACUGAGAUCUGUUAAUUUGUAUAGAAGAUGUAAAAAUAAAUCAAUAAGAAUA